AAGUCCCUACUCAAAAUGGCCGAAAAGUACCUAAAAAAACAAAUGUGCGUAAUGAGUUAGUAAAACAAAUGCAGUGUAAAUAUAUGCGUUGAACGUCCAAGUAUGUAAUAAUAUUUAUUGUGAUGUUAAUUAAUUAAAAAUUUACUAAAUAAUUACAGAUUAAAGUUUCCCACAAAUAAAUAAAUAUCAGCGAAACAAAAUGACUCGCAAGUGCGUUUUGUGUAAAGAAACGAACUACAAAAACUCCUACAGCUUUUUUUCCGCCCCAAAGGAUGCGGAAACUCGUAAAAAAUGGCAAGAAGCCAUCGGAAUAAAGGAUUAUGUUGUUAAUGAUGAGACAUUUGUGUGCAGUAGACAUUUUACGCCAGGGGACAUCAUCACUCACUGGGUUAGCGGCGUCCCGCCUCAUGUAGUAACAAUAAAAUACAAAAAAUGCCGACUACGCCCUGGCGCAGUUCCCAGUGUGAACUGUGAUAUGGAAAACAUGCAAGUGGAAGCGGAUGACGAAUAUGAGAUAUUUCAAGUAAACCGCACGUGGGGAAAUGAAGAAAAAGUUACUUUUACUGAUGGUAAAGAGCAAGUAUUUCUGAUUCCCCGCGCAGAUCUUAUAACUUAUUCAAAUUCCGAAGCUCCUAAUAAUGCAUCUGGUAAAGUAAAAGAAGAGGAUAAUGAGCUAGUUUACAUUACGCAAACAAUAAACGAAGCUAAUUCGACUCUUGAAGAACAUGGCGACAUGAUUGUUGUCGCCAAUGAUCAGUUGGAAGACUUGAGAACACUCGAAGUUGAUAAUUCUUACGGCGUACGUGACAAUGAUAACACUAUUUAUUUAAAAACAAAUGACAACUCUCAGAUUCUUUAUGUUGAAGAAGUAAAUUAUCCUGGAGAUAAUGAAAAAGUUGAAGAAAGUGAAGAAAAUAAAGAAACCAAUGAAUCCAAUGAAUCUCCUCAGGAAAUAAAAACUUAUGAUUCUAAUGACGAGGAAUCAUUGAAAGAAUCAAUCGAUUGGGAUUCAGAGGAAAGUGAAAAAAUGUCAAAUAAUGGAAGCGAAGAUCGGAGAUCCAAUUUCGAAGAUCGUAGAUCCAGUUACGAAGAUAUGACAGUUGAUAUUGUGGAUCCUCGUGAUGAAAAUGAAGAUCCCCUGCUAUUUGAAGAUCUCCUGGAUAGCUAUACUGAAGUCCCUUUACCACGGGGAUGGUCCACGAUGGUAAUUUCUGCGGGUAGAGCAACAACUGUAAUCUAUGCUCGUAUGAACAUGACGCAAACUGGUGUACCCUACGUCCAGAAACAAGUUUUUUUGAAGAGUGACAUGACUCUGCAAUGCUCUGCUGCAGGAAAUGCACUCGAUCCUCGAGAGCACAAUUUAUUCCCAGACGGACGAAGUCUUAUCGUUCAUGCGCUACGUGACGUUGAAGAAUUUAUAGAAGAGUUUGAUCAACGUGUGAUAUGUGAUGGUUUAGAAAAAUUACCAUCUACUGAUAUUGAUAAUUUAAUAAUUUAUCGUCAAGAUGUAAAGUGGCGGCAUAAUGAGUGCCCGAUUCUGAUGAAAAAUAACGGAACUCGCUGUUCAAAAUGUAAUUCGUUGAGUUUGCCUUCUAUUAGACGCAAAAUUCGAAAGCCAGGUCAAUAUGACGACCCGGAAAAAAGUACAGAGCUUGUGAAAAAAGAACAGACAAUAUACGAACUGCACAAACUUCUUUCGAAGAUGACGAAACGCAACGAAAAGUAUGAAGCUAUGAAAGACAGCCCGCAAAUGUUCAUUAAAAUGAUUGAGUCAUUGAAUAUUCCAGAGCUUCAAAAGUUGAUGAUAAAAGAAUCUUUGAACGUUGAUGCGAAUAAUGAUAAUGUUAAUUUUACACAAACUUGGCUAUUUCUUUCCCUUUUGAUUUACAUUGAGUCACCUCGGAUGUACAGAUUCCUCUUGUUGAAUCAGUACAUGAAUUUACCGAGUAUUCAAGUUAUGCGUCGAUACCUUCAUCAAAUAAAAACUGAUGCACAAUUCUAUAAGUUAUUCCAACAAACCGUGGAGCCGUUUCAGUACAACAAGCUUGAUGACAAAGAAAUAACGUGAGUUAUGUAUUGAAGAAAGAAAAUAGAAGAAAUAAAUAAAUAUAACUUUUUCCUAUACUUAAGAAAUAUUAAAAAAAUAAUUCAAAUAAGAACUAUAAUUAUUUUUUAAAGUAAAAAGAAUUUUUUUUAAUAAAUAAAGACUUCGAAACUUAAUCAAUAAAUCGUAGUAAUAUU